GGCGCGACAGGCGGUCCUGGGGGCCCGGCGGCCCCGGCUUCGCGGCCCGCGCUGCUUCCUCUCUUGCCGCGGGCAAUGGCAAGCCGGUGGCCGGAGGAGCAGGCGACUGCUCGGAGACGCGCCGCACUGGGGCGCCAGCCAGGACCAGAGCCGCUGCCCCAGCCUGGCGGUGGCAGCGGUGGAAAGAAGCAGGGAGACGAUGGGGAGCCGUCGUUAGCAGGCGCGCGGUGGGGACAGGGCAUCCCAGCUCCUGGCAAACCUGGCCGUGUGAGGAGGAGGAGUCGCCGGGCGCAGCCCCCCAGUGCCCUGGAACGCUGGGACACCGGGGCCACUGCCUUGGCCGACGGUUCCACAGGAAGCCAUCCUCUGGCCAAGGGUCUCCGGGAGGAGAUGAAGGCGCUGCGGGCCGGGGGUGCGGCGGCCGAAGGGCUCCGGCUGCCCAGUACCUCCUUUGCACUGACUGGGGACUCGGCCCACAACCAAGCCAUGGUGCACUGGUCGGGACACAACAGCAGCGUUAUACUUAUCCUGACGAAGCUGUAUGACUUCAACCUGGGGAGCGUGACUGAGAGUUCACUUUGGAGAUCAACGAAUUAUGGCACCACCUAUGAAAAGCUGAAUGACAAAGUGGGCCUGAAGACUGUCCUCAGUUACCUCUACGUCAAUCCCACCAACAAAAGGAAGAUCAUGCUUCUUAGUGAUCCUGAAAUGGAGAGCAGCAUAUUGAUAAGCUCAGACGAAGGGGCGACCUAUCAGAAAUACCGGCUCACCUUCUAUAUCCAGAGCCUGCUCUUUCAUCCCAGGCAGGAAGACUGGGUGCUGGCCUACAGUCUGGAUCAAAAGCUCUACAGCUCCAUGGACUUUGGGAGACGGUGGCAACUCAUGCAUGAACGCAUCACCCCCAACAGGUUUUACUGGUCGGUGGCCGGACUGGAUAAGGAGCCGGACCUGGUGCACAUGGAGGCGAGGACUGCUGACGGAU